GAAGGUGGUGAAAUUUUGUGUUUGUGUAUGCCAUCCAUUAAGUUGUGUCAUGCAGCCGAUUUUCAGGAAAAUUAAUUUAUAUGUUUGCUUUGCAAUAUUUAACUCCGUUAUCUUUAUUUUCUAACUAAUUUUAGUUUUAGUUACUUGGGCAUGCUUGAUGUGUCACAAAAGAUUCAAAAAAAAGAUUUUAUUGAAAUACUUAGAUUUAGUGAUUGUACACUUGAAAAUUUGCAAACAAAAAAUUUAAAGUUUUAUUUUUAAGUGGGUGGUUAAUAUAGAUGGUUAUUGAGAAAUCAAAUAUCCUGCUCUAAAGUAAUCAUGAAUUCUAUAUGGUACGAAAUUUAUGAAUUAAUAGAAGAUACAACUGAUUGUGUGAGAUUCAAAGUUUCUGACUCAAGCCAGUGGAGAUAAUAUAUUGCUGUCUUAAAUGCAUGCUUCUUGGUGCCAUCGCAAUUUUUCAUUCUCACAGGAUUUUCAUUAUGUUUUCACUAGUGUUGUGAUUAGAGGGAUUGUUUGCAAGAAAUAUGUGGCUCAUCAGCAGAUGAAGUCAGACAUUGAUAAACCACGAUUACUACUCCUUGGAGGUUCCCUGGAGUAUCAAGGGGUUGCUGAUCACUUGUCAAGUUUUCAUACUUUAUUCCAGCAGGAAAUAGACCCUUUGAAGAUGGCUGCUGCAAAGAUUCAACCUCACUACCCAGAUGUUCUUUUAGUGGAAAAAUCGGUUUCUCAAUAUGCAAGCAAAUACCUUUUUGGGAAAGGCAUAUCUCUUGUUCAUAACAUCAAGAGACGGCUUUUAGAGCGUAUAGCCGGCUGCACUGGUGCUCAAAUAGUUCCUUCUCUAGAUCAUAUUAUGACGCCAAACUUAGGCUAUUGUGACUCAUUUCAUGUGGAGAAGUUCCUGGAAGACCAUGGAAGUGCAGGGCAAAGCGGGAAAAAGUUAAAUAAAACUCUCAUGUUUUUUGAAGGUUGUCCAAAGCCAUUCGGUUGUACUAUUCUGCUCAAGGGUGCGAGUGCUGAUGAAUUGGAGAAAGUUAAAUAUGUAGUCCAGCGUGGAGUGUUUGCUGCUUAUCACCUGUUUCUGGAGACCUCUUUCUUAGCUAAUGAAGUACAGGGAGAUGAUAAUGAAGUUUCCAGUUAUUUUACCAAUUUAAUGGAUGUGGGUCAACACGUUAGCUGUCCUCAUGCAGAUGGAACUGAAUUGACUUCCCAUUCAGGCACAUCAAACAUAGCAUCUUCAGAACUGCACAAGAUUAACUGCAGUGAGGAAAUGGAAUCUUUAAAAGGAGAAACUUUUUCCUCAUCUCCUGAUCAUCAUGGUAUUUUGGUCUCCUUGUCAACAUGUUGUAUGUGGAAAGGAACUGUCUGUCAACGAGAUAUCUUUCGCAUCAAGUACCAUGGAAGCUUUGAUAAGCCUUUGCGUUGGUUUCUUCGAGAUCAUUUGUUUGAUCAGGGCUACCGGUGCCGCUCAUGUGAAAUGCCAUCGGAAGCACAUCUUCAUUGCUAUACUCAUCGACAGGGAAGCCUUAAAAUUUCUGUAAAGAAGCAUUCAGCGUUCUUGUUGCCAGGUGAACGAGAAGGAAAAAUUUGGACGUGGCAUCGGUGCCUAAGAUGUCCAAGGACCAAUGGUUUACCUCCUGCCACCAAAAGAGUGGUAAUGAGUGAUGCUGCAUUGCGUCUAUCAUUUGGGAAUUUUUUGGCACUCAGGUUUUCGAAACAUGAUACUGCAAACAGGUUUGCAAGCUGUGGUCAUUCGCUACAUAGAGAAUGUCUCCGAUUUUAUGGUUUUGGGAGGAUGGUUGCAUGUUUUCGAUAUGCUCCAAUCCAUAUUUACUCUGUCUAUCUUCCGCCCUCAAAUAUUGUUUGUAAUUAUGAUAAGCAGGAGUGGAUACAAAAGGAGUCUGAUAAGGUGAGAAGCAGGGCAGAACUCUUAUUUGCUGAGGAACUGAACGCUCUUCAUCAUAUUUCAGAAAAAAAUUCAAGUGAUUUUGUGUCCAGUCAACAUAUAGCUGAAUUGAAAGCAAUGCUCCAGAAGGAAAAAGAAGAUUUUGAGGAGUUAUUAUCUCAAGUGCUUAAUAGGGAUCAUGAAGUUGUUCAGCCUGCGGCUGACAUUCUCAAAAUCAACGGAUUAAUGAGGCAGUUAGUUUUUCAUUCUUAUGUCUGGGAUCAACGCUUGUUACAUGUUACUAGUUCUACUCAUAGUUAUUUUAGCACAAAUACAAGCAAUCAAUCAGACAACCUUGAAAAUGGAGAAGCUGUGAUACUGGCUCAGCCAGAGGAGAAGUUACAAGCAAUGGAAAAUUUAAUAAAUAUUUUAGAUGCUGCAUGGAAUGGUGAUCGCCAGAUGACAAAUAUAUUUCCUACUGGUAUGAGAUCAGCCGAAGAAUACUUGGGUGUUCUAAACUGUACAAAUGAUCAGUCUUUGACUGAGGAACCGCACCCACUUUCCUCUGCAUUACCUACAAAAGGGCCUAAUGAUAUCAAUAAUUCCAGUAGUUGGGCGAGAAUAUCCUCUUCAGCUUUGUAUGGCUCAUUUGACAAGAAUUUAACAAUAAAUUCACUGAACCUUGGGGAAAUUAGUGAGUAUAACCCUUUCUACAUCUCAUCUUUGAGAGAGAGAGCACGUCCAAGCAGUGCCGGAAUGCUCCUACCUGUGGCUUCCACCGAUACUGUUCUGCCGAUUUAUGAGGAUGAGCCAACCAGCAUCAUAUCAUAUGCCCUUGUCUCGCCAGAGUACCUUGACUUAAUGUCAGAUGAACCUAAAAAACAGAAGGCCGCUUCUGAGUCCAAGGAUAGCUUCUCGUCUAAUUCUGGCUCUCGAAGCUUGUCAGGUUUGGAUUCACUGUUAGACAGAAAUACCUUGCAUGCCAAAUUAUCUUUCUCAAAUGAUGGUCAUCCACAGAAGGUGGAUUAUACUGUGAUUUGUUAUUUUGCAAAGCAAUUUAAGGCCUUAAGGGAAACUUAUUGCCUGAACGAGUUAGAUUUCAUUAGGUCCAUUAGUCUCUGUAAGAUGAGGGGUGCACAGAGUGGCAAGAGCAAUGUAAUCUUGAACCAAACCUUGGACAAUCGAUUUAUUAUUAAACAGAUUACAAAGACAGAUCUCAUAUCAUUCACGAAGUUUGCACCAGCUUAUUUCAAUUAUUUAUCUGAAUCAAUCAAUACAGGAAUUCCCAAUUGUCUGGCGAAGAUCUUGGGCAUCUAUCAGGUGACAUGGAAGCAUCUCAAGGAGGGGAAAGAAUCACAAAUGGAUGUUCUGGUAACAGAAAAUCUUUUCUUCAAGCGCAACAUCACAAGAUUGUAUGAUCUCAAAGGUUCUUCACGAUCACGGUAUAAUCCAGAUUCAGAUGGAAGUGAUAAAGUUUUACUUGAUCAGAACCUUAUUGAGGAAAUUGCAACUUCUCCAAUUUUUGUGCGAACCGAGGCAAAACGGUUGCUGGAAAGAGCUGUAUGGAAUGACACUUCAUUUCUUGCCACAAUAAAUGUGACGGAUUACUCCCUACUUGUUGGCUUGGAUGAGGAAAAGCACGAGCUGGUGAUUGGGAUUAGUAAUUUCAUGAGACAGUAUACCUGGGACAAGCAUCUUGAAACUUGGAUUAAGAAAGUCUUAUGCAUGUCUCCAACAGGAGUUAUUUCUCCUGUGCAAUACAGGAAAAGGUUUAGACAUGCUAUAUCUUCUUAUUUUCUAGCGGUCCCAGAUCAGUGAACAUCCUCACCGAUCAUUCCCAGUGGCUCACGAUAAUGCAAAUAGAUGUCGCCAGAUGGAUCCUCCAUGGAUUGAUGGGAUGAAGCUCCAUACUAGAAUCCAGCACGUUACUUGUAUGUUAGUAAAGCUUUCCUUUUUCUGAUACAAUGCUUUGCAUAUUUGCCUCGCCGAUUUUGGCCUAGAAAAUUUUUACUGUGUGCUCCGUGUGACAUUUUCCAGCAUCAUUGUACACCAGUCUCCAGUAAAUGCUUUCCUGUUCUUUUGCCU